AGCUGAUCCAUCCCCACAAUUCGACCAUCAAAGGGAAAAAAAAAGAUCCAUCCCCAAUUCGAGCUCCACCUGCACCGAACCCUCAAUCCCACCCUCCACCCAACAAUGGAUCCGGCCGCCGCCGCCGCACGGCGGCAGGCGGACAAGUGGAUGAGCGUGGCCGAGAAGCUCCUCAUGGCGAAGGACCUCGAGGGCUGCAAGGAGUUCUCCUCCCAGGCCAUCGCCGCCGACCCCCGUACCCCGGGCGCCGAGGAUCUCUACGCCGCCGCCGACGUCCUCCUCGCGUCCCAGCGCCGCCGCUUGCCCAGCGGCCAGCCCGAUCCAUACGCUGUUCUCGGCCUCGACCCUGCCAAGCCCGCAUCGCGCCUCCCGGACGUCGUCCAUUCCAAGUUCCGUCGGCUCUCCCUCCUCCUCAACCGGUCCCACCCCGACCGCCCCUGCUCGGUGUACGUCGCCGAGGCUGCCCGCCUCGUCGCCGAUGCCUGGGCCUUCCUCUCCAACGCCGGACUUAAGUCCGCCCUCGACGCCGAACUGGAUGCAGCCGCUGCACCUCGCGCACCGAUGCAACAGCCGGCGGUGGAGAGGAGGCCGCAGCCGUCGCCGCCUCCACAGCAGAGCCCGGUAUGGGCAGCUCCCCAGCCACGGCCACCUCCACAGCGGAUCCCGGUACGGCCAGCUCCCCAGCCAACGCCGCCUCCACAGCCGAGUUCGCUGCGAGCAGCUACCCAGACACCGCCGCCUCCACAGCCGAGUUCCCUGCGAGCAGCUACCCAGACGCCGCCGCCUCCACAGCCGAGCCCGCUGCAACCAGCUACCCAGCCACAGCCAUCUCCACAGCCGAGCCGGCUGCAAGCAGCUACCAGGCCACCGCCGUCUCCACAGCCAAGUCCGUCGCAAGCAGCUACCAAGCCACUGCCGUCUCCACAGCCAAGUCCGCUGCAACCGGCUACCCAGCCACCGCCGCGUCCACAACCGAGUCCGCUGCAAGCAGCUUCCCAGCCACCCGCCGGAGUAGCGACUCCGCCGGUGGAGUCUGGUACAUCGCCUGCGUCGACGUUCUGGACAUUGUGCAAGGGGUGCUCCCAUAUUCACCAGUAUGAUCGCCUCUACGAGGCGCGCAAACUGAAGUGCUCCAGCUGCCACCAGCCAUUUGUAGCUGAGGCAAUGGCGGAGCCGCCGCCCAUUGUGCCGGGCACUGACAUGUAUUACUGUACCUGGGGCUUCUUCCCCAUUGGGUUCCCCGGGUGCCCUGGCUACGCGGAUCUGGUCAAUUCCCAGUCACAGGGGUCAGAUCAGCUGAAUGUGCCAUGGCUUGGAGCCAAUGGUAGGGUUGCUGCUGAGAAUGGGACUCCCAUUACCAUAGGUGCUGCAAGGGAGGAGCCAGUGGCAUCUGAACGUUCGCCGGAACCUUUAAUGCGCACGAGAGUGGAGGUGCCACUGGUACCGGAACCUGCGCCAGAACCUUUAAUGCGCAUGAGAGUGGGGGUGCCAGCCGUGCCGGAACCUGUGAUGCCCACAAGAGUGGAGGUUCCAGCCGCGUCGGAACCUGUGAUGCCCACGAGAGUGGAGGUGCCUGCCGCACCGGAACCUGUACAGCCCACGAGAGUGAAGUCAGUGAAAGUGGGAGCAAAGAAGCGUGGUCGACCCAAAGGCAGCAAGAACAAGAAGAAUUUGCGAGUUGUGACUUGAUAGCGAUGAAGAUGAUUGGCAUGGCAUGAUCAUAGGUCAGACUGGGUUAGUUCGGCUAUUAAUUUCAUCCUGUUGUCGUCGACUGAAGCAUUUGCUCUGUUGGUUGGAUACUACUCAUUUUCAGCUGACAGAGUGACAGUAUCUACAUGAGAAGCAUGGCUACUUUAGUGAUGGAAUAAGUUAUUUGUUUACCAGGUAGUCUUUUCUUAGUUGAUGAGUUGUGUGACCGUUCUUGCCAUUUAUGCUUUAGAUGAUGUAGCUGUUGUAUGCUGUCCAAUUUCAUGACUCUCCUUGAGCUAGCUUUGUGGAUCCGAGAUUCCUGGGGAUUGCUCUUUGUUAACUGAGUAAUGUACAUUCAAAUAAUGUGCUGCAAUAAUCGGACAGUUGUUGUUA